AAGAACACAUGGUUCCCCGUGACACCUCAAUUCCUUUUAUACUCUUUUCUCCUCGCUCCUCCCUCCUCCCUCCUCCCUCCUCCCUCUCCCCAUUCUUAAUUUCUUAUUCAGUUCCCACUUCCCACUUCCCACUUCUUCCGCUUCUCAUAUAUACAUUCAUACUUCCCCCUUCGUUAUCCUCAAACCAAGAACAAUUUCCAUGGCAUCCCUCGAAUCAAUUAUAAACGCUCCAGAACCUUCCACCAAUAACCCCGAAACUACCUCACCCGAUGCUGAUUCCAAUCCCAACAAACGCCGCAAAAUCGGACACCGCACUGUCGCCGCCGAUGCCUCUCUCAAUCAUCUCCAUUGGACAUCCCAAUCCGAGCAGCAGAUCUACUCCACCAACCUCCUCCGCACCCUCCGCCACGUCCUCCGCCGCAACCCUUCCCCCUCCACCACCGCAUCAAAGCCCCGCCAGGUCCGCUACGCCGCCGACAGAGUCCUCGCCGCCGCCGCCAAAGGCAGAACGCGCUGGAGCCGCGCCAUCCUCUCAUCUCCGCCGCCCUUCAAUAACCACCGGAUGCUCCACAAGAAGGCCCCCGCCGCCAGGAAGAAGGUCACCGGAUUGAGAAGUAUGCGUAACGGAACGGAAAAGAAGAAGUUACCGGCCGUUGAGAGAAAAGCGCGCGUUCUUAGCCGGUUGGUUCCCGGUUGCCGGAAGCUCUCUUUCCCUAACCUUCUAGAAGAAGCCACUGAUUAUAUCUCCGCCUUGGAGAUGCAAGUGCGCGCCAUGACCGCUCUCGCCGAGUUACUCGCUGGUGGUGGCUCGCCGAGUGGACUCGCCGGUGAAUCGUUAAGUUGACCAUCCCGAGUUCUUUUUAGAUCAAUCAGAUGCCUUGGCCAUAUCGUGCCAGGUGUUUCUUGAUUUUUUUAUUUUUUUUAGUUUUUGUUAGUGUUAUCAUAUUGGCUUCUUUUUUUUCAUUUUUAAUUUUACUCUUUAUUUUUUUUUUCUUUUUGAUUCAUGUAUUCUAUAUAAUCGUGUACAUGCCAUUUGCUCUGCUUCUUUUUUUUUCCCUC